GAUCCGACACGAUGCGACCGAUACACAAAUUAAGUUAGUUGCCGACACUUCUAGUUUUCCCGGCUCUUGUCGGCUGUACAAGUUUGGUUUUACUGGAACUUAAAGCGUAUCAAAGAUAACGGCGUGAAGACCACUUCUCGAUCAACAACUGUAUUUUAAAAUAUGACCUUUGACCAACGCUGAUAAAUACCUUUGCGUUCUUAUCGGGUGAAUAAGAGAGAGUCCAUGCGGAACUGAGCGUGUUCGCACGGAUCGGGAGGCAACUAGAAGCCCACGAUGAAUCCACGCACGCUGUCACUCAGAGCGCUGCUGCUUCUGGGCCUUUGGCACACCGGGAGAAGAUGUGCGGCCCAAGAGCUGCAAGAUCAGCCCAAGAAGAUCGCUGUGGUCGGCGCGGGCAUUGGAGGCACAUCUGCAGCGUUUUACCUGAGGCAGGAAUUCGGACCCGGGGUGAAGAUCGAUGUGUUCGAACCAGGCGCCGUUGGCGGGCGACUCGCGACAGUGAAGAUCGGAGAUUACGAGUAUGAGACGGGAGGCGCAGUGAUCCACCCUCUGAACCUACACAUGAAGCACUUCAUUGAAAAACUAGGAAUUCCUCCGAGGAAAGAGGUCCCCUCUAAAAUGGCAAUCUUUGAUGGAAAGGAGCUGACCUUUGAAGAGAGCGACUGGUUCAUAGUCAAUUUCUUGCGAAUGCUCUGGCGAUUUGGCUUCAGCUUUCUCCGAAUGCACAUGUGGGUGGAGAGCGUUUUGGACAAAUUCAUGAGGAUCUACCAGUACCAGCAGUACGGUUACUCCUUCUCCAGCGUGGAUAAGCUCCUUCACGCCAUGGGCGGCGAUGGUUUUCUUACUCUGCUGAAUCAGACCCUGGAGGAAGCGAUGAUGGGCCAAGGAUUCUCACAAGUCUUCCUCAACAAUAUUGUCACACCCAUCACGCGUGUCAACUACGGCCAGAGCGUCCGCAUCAAUGGUCUCGUGGGGGCCGUGUCAUUAGCAGGAGCCGAUCCAGGCUUGUGGGCGGUAGAUGGAGGCAAUAAGCGAGUGUGCUCUGGACUCCUGUACCACAGCAAAAGUGAGCUCGUCCCCGCCAGAGUGACCUCCAUCUCAUUCAAAGAUCGACCAUCCAAGACGGGAACCACGACCAGUUUUUAUGAGGUUAACUACGUUGGCGAAUCGGGCUCGGCACACUCCCUGUACGACAUAGUGGUGAUCGCUACACCUCUUCACCGGGGGAAGUCUGACAUCACCUUCUCGGGCUUCUCUCCCCCGAUCCCGUCUCAUUAUCCCGGACGCUACCACCAGACGGUCUCCACCCUGGUCCACGGCCUGCUGAACACGUCCUACCUGGGGAGCGCCAAGCCAGCUUCGGAGUUUACCGUGUCGGAAAUCCUCACCACGGACUCGAAGGACUCCGUCAUCAACAGCCUGAGCUCUCUCGACCCCGUGCACGUCCCUCCCGGCUACAAGCGCCCGCCCGCCAGCCAGAGCAACGUCUGGAAGGUGUUCUCCCCACAGCCGCUGUCCCAGGAGCAGCUGCGGAGCAUGUUCCUCAGCUGGGAUUCGGUGUCGGAAACUCCGUGGCUGGCUUAUCCCUCCUACCGGCCCCCGCAGCGCAAUACGCCCCCCUUCAUCCUGCACGAGCGGCUGUACUACCUCAACGCCGUGGAGUGGGCGGCGAGCGCCAUGGAGAUGAGCGCCAUCUCCGCCAGGAACGUGGCGCUGCUGGCGCACCACCGCUGGCACCGACAGGUCGGCAACGUCGACCAGGAAGACCUGCACACCCGGCUGAGAAGUGAACUCUGAAGCCAAACGAUGGAGCGCAGCAUCAUCGAUCGGCACAGAUGCUCGCGGAGAAGCGCGCUGCAUCAAAACAACACUCCUCCAAAGUCUCCUUCAGGUUUCUGGGCUGUAGCACUUCAACCUUAACAACAUAAAGGCUUGUUUGAGGAACGAGUGUCUUGUCUGGUUACCGAACCUCUCGCUCCCAUUUUAGUCUUUUCUCCCAGAUCUCCGCGGUUGAAUAAAAUGUUACUUUUAAAAGUGGGAAUGCUAAAACACAAACUGGAAUGAUCCUUUUAAUCUGCCUCCACCAGCAACAGUAGAACAAAUCCCACCAAAAGACGCGUUCAACGUUGUUCUGUAACCGCAGUUGGAAAUCCUUUGGCACCGUGGGGCACUCGCAGGGUAGACGAUGCCGUCAGGAGACGAAGUGUUGUGAGUGAGUGAAGAAUGAACAAGUGUUAAAAUUCUUUAAUCGGACAGUCUAAUUGCACUGAAGAAGUUUGUGAAUUCAAAUUACUAAUCCGACUAUGAUAGUGCCUUAAAAUGUAUGAUGUGUAAUGAGCUGAUCUCAUGUCCUGUGGAUUUAAACCCUACUGUAUCUAAAUCACUUUAAUGUUUUUAAGCCUUUGGAUACGUUUUUAGAUUGAGAGUUGUUUGUAAGCACUUUGAAAGGUGUAUUUUUCUAGAUUUUUUUUUAUCUUUGUGAUGACUGUCAAAAGCGCUGUUCAAUUAAAAUUUAAUUUUACUAAACUGACUUCUGCCCAAAUACAAUAAAGGUUUUAUCUCAGCUUUAAUCAGAUUUCAAACUUUAAAUCAUUCCGGUCCAAAAAGUAUGUUUUACAUGUGUUUAGAAUCUCAAUAAAUGGAUGAAACAUG